CCGGCCGCGGCGUGGCCUCCCCCCCUUUUAUAUCACGGCGCCAGCGCCACAGGAAAAGGGAGGAAUCCAGAGGCGCCAGAAGCAGAGGAGGAAUCCAGAGGCGGCAGAGAGGCAGGGAGGCGUCGACCGACCGGGCUCCCCGCUGCUGCUCCUCCCAUGGGGAACUGCCUCGGCUCAGAGGAAGCCGAAUUGGAGCCCGUGAAGAGCGCCGGGCGCCCUGGCCAGCCCCAAGCGGCACCUGCGCGGGCGCUCCCCAUGGCGCCACCGGAGCCGGACCCUUCCAUGAGCACGAGCUCGUCGGGGCACCCCAGCAGCAGGUCCCCUGGCUCGUCCAUGAGCAGCGCCGCGACCACCCGGAGCGGCGGCAGCGGCAGCAGCAGCAGCAGCCUGGCGGCGGCGUACCCGGAGGGCCGGAUCCUGGAGGGUCCCAACCUCCGCGUGUUCACCUUCGCGGAGCUGCGGUCCGCGACGCGCAACUUCAAGCCGGACACGGUGCUCGGCGAGGGCGGGUUCGGGCGCGUGUACAAGGGCUGGGUCGACGAGAAGACCAUGAACCCCACGCGCUCCGGCAUCGGCAUGGUCGUCGCCGUCAAGAAGCUCAACCCCGAGAGCGUGCAGGGCCUCCAGGAGUGGCAGUCGGAGGUGAACUUUCUCGGGAGGCUGUCGCAUCCGAACCUGGUGAGGCUGCUGGGCUACUGCGUGGAGGAUCGGGAGCUGCUGCUCGUGUACGAGUUCAUGCCCAAGGGCAGCCUGGAGAAUCAUCUCUUCAGAAAGGGUGGAUCCUUCGAACCGAUUCCCUGGAACCUCAGGCUCCGGAUAGCCAUCGGCGCGGCCCGUGGCCUCGCCUUCCUCCACACGUCGGAGAAGCAAAUCAUCUACCGGGACUUCAAGGCCUCAAACAUCCUCCUCGACACGCACUACAACGCCAAGCUCUCGGAUUUCGGCCUCGCCAAGAACGGCCCCACCGGCGGCGACAGCCACGUCACCACGCGCGUGAUGGGCACCUACGGCUACGCUGCCCCGGAGUACGUCGCCACAGGGCACCUGUACGUGAAGAGCGACGUGUACGGCUUCGGCGUGGUGCUGCUGGAGAUGCUGACGGGCCUGCGCGCGCUGGACACGGGCCGGCCCGCGCAACAGCACAACCUGGUGGACUGGGCCAAGCCGUACCUGGCGGACCGGCGUAAGCUGGCCCGCCUGGUCGACCCGCGGCUCGAGGGCCAGUACCCGUCCAAGGCCGCGCUGCAGGCGGCCCAGCUCACGCUGCGCUGCCUCGAGGGGGACCCCAGGAGCCGGCCCUCCAUGGCCGAGGUCGUCGCGGCGCUCGAGGAGAUCCAGCAGAUCAGGAUGCGGCCGCCGCGGGAGGAGCGGCGGCGGGAGCGGGACGACGCGGCGGCGGCGCACGGGCACCACCACUCGUCGCGCCCCAGGUCCGGGUCCGACCGGACGGCGAGCAGCCACCACCAGUCUCCGAGUACGGCGAGGUAGCAUGGGGUUGGCGCGGUGCUUCGGCCGCCGCGUUUGGUGCGGAUUUUUUUUUGAAGCCUUUCAUCUGGGUACAGUAUCUGUUCCUAGUUUGGUGCGGAUCUUGGUCGUUUCUGCAGCGAGCGGAUUGACCAUGAAGGCCAGAUGGGCCUUGUAUGACAGUUUGAUCGUAGAUGGCCCAAAUGUUGGCUAGUACAGAUCCAUCAGGAAUCAGGAGGAUGUUUUUUCCCCCUUUCAA